UAUAACUAAAAUCAGAUUUAGAAAAUCCAAACUUACUCAUUAAAUGCAAAGAGGUGACGACCAUUUUAAGAAAAAACUUAAAGCAUAAUUCAUGACCAAGUGAUUAAGUUAUUCUAAAACACACUAUUUUUUUUUUCUUAAAACAUGAAUGAACUUGAAGAAGAUAUGUUGCUUGUAUGUUCAAUUCGACGCCAUGGAUUAGAAAAUUGGGAAAUGGUGGCUACCGAAUUUUCCUCUGCCAUUUUUCGUCGACGACAUAGAAUUCUUAACUUGUCCCCUACAGAAUGUCAGGGCAAGUACGAGGAUUUAAAAAGACGUUUUAAGAGUUGUGAUGCGAUGGAUUUUAAUAAAGAUGAUGAUGAUGAGAUCGAGUUCGUAAAGCUCAUGGAGGAUAAGCUUAUAAAGGCUUAUAUAGUUGCUUUGAAAGAGGACAUGAAACUAAAGGAAGCUUCAAUUCAGAAAACUGCUCUCGGUUUCUACAAAUUGGAAGCAGAACAUAGAAUAGAGUUAACUGAGGAAAAUGGUGAUCAAUCUAUAGACAAAAUAUUGGAGAGUAUGAAUCUUAAUGAAGAUUUUACAAGCAUCCUUCAUGUGUUGAGAUCUCACAAGCAUUGCUGUCUUUUUGAGUCUCGACUUCCCAGUCAGGGAGAACAACAUUAUCACGAUCAAAUUAGGCAACACAUGGAUUUACAAAUUAUUCAAAACAAGUUAGAACAAGAUGUUUAUUCAAACAUGGAAAUUGAAUUCUUCAGAGAUCUCUUGUUGAUGUUCAACAACGCCAUCAUUUAUUUCCCUGAAGAAACUCUUCAACAUUCAGCCGCGGUUGAACUCAAAGCCAUUGUUGUGAAAGCAAUGGGUAAGAAACCCGAAAAACCUGAGAAAACCUUAGUUUGUCGCAAAGUCGUGUCUGGAAAACCUGAAAAAACCUUAGUUUGUCGCAAAGUUGUGUCUGGAAAACCUGAAAAAACCUUAGUGACUGGAUUAGCUGCUGAAGGUAACACAAUGAUACAAGAAAAGUUACCAAAAAGCUGGAGGCCAUAUAAACCGCGUAACAAAGCUCUAGAAGUUGGUGAAUCAUCAAUCAAGAGAAGGAGCGAGAGAGUGAGAAGUAACGCUAAGGAAUUGAAGAACGACCCUGAUUAUACAUGUUACGGUCAUAAAGGAGAAAGGAGAAGAAGGAACAGGAAGAAAUAA